GAUAGCCAGAUAACGGGAGAGAAGACUUUAGGUGCCAGUUGAUUUCUAGCAGGGAGCCUUAUUUAUUUCAUUUUCCCACUUUCCCUCACCGUCCCUUUUUUGCUUGUCUCCUAAAGGCUACAAAAAUGGACAGGGUAUUCUUGGGCUGGACUGCUUUUUUGUGGGUAACAGCCCUGACUGAGGCAUUGCAAGUCAUGGUGCCUGAAAAGAAAAAAGUAGCCAUGCUUUUUCAGCCUGUUGUGCUUCGUUGCCACUUUUCCACUUCUUCCACUCAACCAGCUGUGAUACAAUGGAAGUUCAAAUCCUAUUGCCAAGACCGCAUGGGAGAAGCUCUGGGAGUGGUCUCUGCAGGAAUACAGGCAGUAAACAAGAGAAACUUGGAAUGGGACCCCCACCUGGACUGUUUGGACAAUCGGAGAACAGUCCGUCCUGUGGCUUCCAAGCAGGGCUCUAUGAUCACAAUUGGAGAAUUCUACAAAGGAAGAGAUGUCACCAUUGUCCAUGAUGCAGAUCUCCAGAUUGGAAAAUUGAUGUGGGGAGACAGUGGGCUCUACUACUGCCUGAUUAUUACACCUGAUGAUGUGGAGGGCAAGAAUGAGGAGUCAGUGGAGCUGCUCGUUCUGGGCAGGACAGGGCUGUUUGCUGAUCUCUUGCCCAGUUUUGCUGUGGAGAUUAUGCCAGAGUGGGUGUUUGUAGGCUUGGUGAUCCUAGGGGUGUUCCUCUUCUUUCUCCUGGUUGGGAUCUGCUGGUGCCAGUGCUGCCCUCACAGCUGUUGCUGUUAUGUCCGCUGCCCUUGCUGUCCAGAUACCUGCUGCUGUCCACGGGCGUUGUAUGAAGCAGGAAAGGCUGCAAAGGCUGGGUACCCCCCUGCAGUCACCUCAGUCCCUGGACCUUACUAUAUUUCUACUGUGGGUGGUGUUCCAUCUCAUACUGUUCUGAUGGAAAAGUCACAUCUUCCUCCCUUGGCACCAAGUGAAUCCAGUACAGCAGGACAAAGUGUGCGGAAAGGCUACCGAAUCCAGGCUGACAAAGACAGAGAUUCUAUGAAGGUGCUAUACUAUGUUGAGAAAGAAUUGGCUCAGUUUGACCCCGCCAGGAGGAUGCGAGAGAGAUACAAUAACACUAUCUCCGAGCUCAGCUCUCUCCAUGAUGAAGAUAGUAACUUCCGCCAACCUUAUCGGCAGGUGCGCAGGAAGCCACUUCCACCUUCUGGAGAUAUGGAUGGUGAUGCAGAGUAUUGGGCAGGGGUGGUCAGUGGAGGUGGCACAUCCAGGCCACAGACAUGCUCUGACUACAGGGAGGACAGGGGCAGUUUCAAAUUCAGCCAGCAGAGAUCAAAGUCUGAAAUGCUUUCGAGGAAGAGUUUUUCACUGGGAGUUCCGGCAGUCUCCAUGGAUGAACUUGCAGCUUUUGCAGAGUCUUACAGUCAACAUGUCCGUCGGACAGAGGGCAGCCAGGAACCCCGGCGCUUUGAGAGAGCAGGGUCACGGGGAGGCCGGGGAGGGCCACUGCAGCAUCCAGAAAACUCAGAGGAAUAUUACAGUAAACGCAGAGGAGGAAACCGUGAACCGUUGGCAGAUUCUGAUCGGGGCUGGACAUACAGCCCACCAAGAAGAUGUACCCAUGAAGAGAAACACUUGCCUAGACUACUGUGUCGGACACCUGGAGGGAGUCAAAAGUAUGACUAUUCCUACCUCACCAGUGCUCUUGAGAGGAAAUCACGAAGCUAUGAUGAGGGUGGUGAACAUAACGAGACACCUUCAAAGCUGAGCUCACAAUCCAGCCACAGAGGAGGGACAUAUUAUGCUUGGUCACCACCAUCCACUUACAAACCAGGACAGCAACAGCAGCAGCAGCAGCAAUCUCCACAGCAAGAGGAAGGAGAAGACACUUUGCCUCCAUACAGUGAGAGAGAGCUGAACCGAGGGCCUUCGUACAGAAACAGAGAACAAUCCAACCUCAAUGCCUCAGAAAAGAAGAGGAAAAAAGAAACCAAGAAAACAGUGAGGCCUUGUCUCACACUGCUCAUCCAAAUAGGCUAAGCAGGGAUCACCAAGCAGGGUGUCUGGGUUCUAGGUUCUGGUUAGCCACUUCUUCGCAACCAUAUUGUACAAUUGGCUCUUGUUAUCUGCGGGCUUGCUAUCCACAGAUUUGAGCUUCUGUGGAUGGCAAGCCCCGCUGUUUUUACUGAAGGUGCAUGCACGAGGCUACAUGACCAGCCAUGCAAACAUCGCAUUGCCAUGGGAAACAACAGGACUUGAGGUCCUGCAUUUUUUCUUAUAUGCAGGGGGAUUCCAGAAUGGAUCCCCUGAGGAUACAAAGGGAUGACUAUAUUCUGAUUGUUAUAGCUAGCCUGUAACAAGAAAGGCAUUUUACCACUGGUUGUAAGCAUUUUGUAGAGACAAUGGAAAGUUAUAGGUAUCUUCAAUAUAUGUUUGAUCUUAGGUUUUGAAAUUCAGAAUAUAGUAGAACUGCAUGCUAACCACCACAGCAACAGAUAAUUUUGGCUAGAAAAGGACCAUCAAGUUUGAAGCAGCAUAAUUUGAAUUUAGUAAAUUGUAAAUUAAUUUUAGGUAAUCUAGAUUGGUGGAAAAAGGAUAUACAUAUGUCAUCCUAAUGUCCAGAGAAGAAAGGUAAUUCUCUUUUAGCUUGUAUAAGUGGCCAGGAUCUAGGAUAUAUCUCUUGUCUUUAUAGAAUUCAUGUUAGACAAUGAGAUGUUUUUCAAUUUUUCUCUUUUCUUUUAAGCAAUUAGAAUAAUAUAAGAACUAAAGAGAGGGAUGAAUUCUUUUUUUCAAUCCAUUUACAUUGAUGUCUGGCUCGACCGAUGGAUUAUAUGUUUCCUUGUUAAUCAUAUUUUGUGUAGUAACAGUUGCACCUGCACCAUCUGAUAUUCCAGAGUUGCGCUCCAUUAUUGACCAGUUUUAGACUGUACUGUUGUUUGGCCAGAAAAUUGCCUGUUGAACACUAAGCAAGAGGAAGUGCUGGAAGCACAUAAUAAAAUUAUGUUAGUAGGAUAUUAUUGAUCUGUGUAAAAUAGUUGGUGCAUUCUUGCUCCUAAGAUUGGUUAGUUGAUUUUUGGUUAAUGCAGAUGGAUUGGAAAAACAUUGGAGUGAUAUCCUAAAGUUUAGACUCAUUGUAAUUUUGAUAAGAUGUUUCUUUUCUUUCCUAGGCUCUAGGAUCAAUUAUUUUUUGAGAAAUUAAUUAUGAGGGGAAACUAUGCUUUUGAAUGCUACAGGAAACAUUCUUGGAGCAUGUUGUGUGAUGUCCUUUGAAAUGGUGCUCUGUGUUUUGAAUAAACUAAUGAGAUGAAACAGUUAUCAUGGACAGGUUUGAACCUGAAAUGAAAACAUGAUGUCACUAAACAAAUUCUAAGAAGGGUUGCAUGAACUGGCCCUUCACUUUCUGGUUGUGGGAUGGGUGGGAGGAGGGAUAAAGAUGAAACUAACAAUAAAUGCUACUAUCCAGCUAGUUAGCAUACAGAGAAGUGUCUGGGAUCAUUUGAAAUAAAUUACGUAAUGCUCACUUGGGCUAAAAGCAAUAGCAAAUACCAAAUGUCUGUUCUGUUCUGUUGCAUGUUUUGGUUGCAUCUUUUUUUUCCUUUUUGCAUGUUAUGACUUGCAAUUUUUUGUAUUACAAUUUUUGCCCCUCUUUUUUCUGUUAUCCUCAGAAUGAAUUCCCAACAAGGAUGUCUCUUGUGGUGUGAUGCUAAUACAGAAGAUUUGUGUUGAUGGACUGGAAAAACAGAAACAGUUGUCACCCUGACCUACACAUUCUUCAAGGAACAUGUGCAACCACCAAAUUGACUCAUGUCUGUUUCAUCAUAGAACCUGGUAUUUUUAUGGAGCAGUUAAUUCCAACCAGUUGUUCUCAUCCAAUCAACCUCUUGGAAAGGAACAGUUUACACUGCUGGAUAGUAGCAAUUAAACACAGAGAAGGUUCUAUUUGGCAAGCUCAUCUGAAUUCUCUCUGCAGAGAUGGUUUCUCUAUAUCUUGUCUGUACCUGCAGAAUUAGAGGAGCUGUUUUCUUGUAUCAUAUGUAUUCUCUCUCCAAUGUGAUAUACUUUUCACCUAUGCUGCUUUGCAUUCUAUAUUUGGCAAGGAAGGUUUCUUUGUAUUCUUGUUUGGCAAGGAAGGCCCUCCCCAGUCUCGCCUUCUCUAUGAACACUGAGAGAAAUAAGGACUUAAUGUCAUACCUGAAUAUUGCUUCAAAAUGAGUGAUGUUUCCUAGAGUACUUUCAAAAGGAAACGAUCAUCCUUUUAGACAUGACCCAAAACUGAGACCUGAGCAUUCCACCAAGAAGGACAAGGUAGUAUUGAAUGAUGUUUGAAAGUCUUUCAUUAAAAAACCCACUCAUUCAGUAAUGGAAACUGCCAGUGAGAUUAAUAUUUUGUUUUGAAAGUGAAACAGUAGAUUUUGCUGUAAUGAGAAUGUGCUAUGUUAUUUCACUGUUGUCUGAUAUGAUGUAUUAAUAUUGCCUUACUGUUGAACUAUAGCCAUAAAAGGCUUCACCUGGGACUGCUGAUUGGUCCUUUUUAUAAGCAGCGCCUCAAGCUUAGGUUCUGCUGACAAUACUGUCUGGACAAUGAUGAUUAUUUUUUUAAGAGCCAAGCAGUAGAAAACAACAGAACUAGAAGGAGAAAAUCAGGGUGUGGAAGACACAAACACAAGCCAUUGCUUUUUACUUCUAUAAUAGGAUCCAUAAAGAAACAGUAUUAUUCCUUUCUUGUAACUGAUUGAGGCCAUUCAAUAAGGCAAUCAAAUAAAUAAAUAAAUCUGAACAAUAAA